AUGUCGUCCACUAACGCGAGUGUAUCUUCCACCGCAUCGGUUGGAAACCAUAAACGGCUGUCGCAUGGUCGGGCCAAGAACUUCCACCAUCGCUAUGCGGCCCUAUGCAGGGCGGGAAACUUUAAACCGAUCCCGGAAAUAGUGAACCCGAAGCAGAAAGGAAUCGUAGACCUCACGCUGGAUGUGUACGGCGAUCGAUUUACGGUGAACGACUGGCGUCUGAUCGCGAAGGCACUCCAAGAGGACCGUUCCCUGCAACGAUUGGCGAUAAGGUUACGAAAAGCCUACACCGAGGUAUUCGAUGGACCUGGCCAGCAAAAAGUCGACGGCAACCAGCCGAAAAAUCGACCAGAGAUUUUGGAGAAGCGCCUACUUAAAUCGCUGAUCGAAAGUUUAGCGAACCUUCUAAGUAACAAUCAAAAACUGGAAGUAUUUAUCUUGGAAGGUCUUCCGUUGGCGGGUAUUUGGACGAGCAUCCUGUCAGCUAGACUGAAGGACAACAGUUCUCUGACCGAGCUGAACCUGGCUCGCUGCUCCAUUGGUGACGAGGGAUGCGAAAUACUCUGCAGGGAGCUCAAGAACCGGCCCAACUUGCUUACCCUCAAUCUUUCCGCCUGUCAGCUGACUGCGCGCGCCUGCCAGGCGUUGGCGAACGCGAUCAAGUUCCAGAAAAUCCAACGCUACGACAUGAGCUGGGAGUUGUCGCUGCGGUACGGUGAAAUCCGGGAGGAAAAACUCUUCGGCCUCAAGCAUAUCUAUCUCAGCCACAACCCUGCCAUCGGUGACGAGGGGUUACUGGAGCUCACAGAGGUGUUGAAGGACGACGCCUGGGUCCGGCAGGUGCACAUGCGCAACUGCGGGCUGACGGAUGCGUGCGCCCAAAUGUUGCUGGAGUGUCUGAACCUUAAUGCGACGAUCGAGAAGUUUGAUGUUGGUGAAAAUAUUGAUAUUUCUAACGCAACGUGUCAGGAAAUACUGAUUAAGCUGGAUGCGCCGAACAUCGCAGGAGAUGAUGGUCCGGAAUCGGAACCGGUGCGCGCGAAAAAUAGCACGAAGACGAUAGCUUCCUUGAGAGAAUAUAACGAGGUGCUCGAAACCCAACUACAAUCCGAGCUACAACGUUACAGCCAGCUGGAAUCCACCGUGGCACAGCUGCACCUACGGCUCGGAGACUACGCAAUGCAAAUCUCUCAACUACAACGUGAUAACACACUUCUAACCGAUGAGAAAAAUGAGCUGCUAGAAUCUCUCAAAAAGCUACAAAAGCACGAAAACUCGAAGGUGUUGGCCACGGGUACACCGCGUAAAAUCCAAAGUGAAUCACACGCGCCAGGCUCGGUCUUCAAAGCGGCUGCCUCUUCCAUGUCCGAAUCGGCAGUUCCGCGGGGUGCAUCUCGAAGCUACACUUCCCCAGCAAAGACCCGAUUCUUGGAUCGUUCAAUUGGCGAUAGUGGCGCUGUUGUGCGUGCGAAAUCGGACACACCCCAGCAAGCAGCAAAACACUUGGAAGCUGAGGGUGAUGGAGCUGCGCUGGUCGGUUGGGAAACGGAUGAGCUAGUUGAGCAUACGGAAAAGUACUUGGAAAGCUCAAAGGAUUUAGAGGCUGACCCCCAGUUUAGAUGCGUUAAAAGCCACCACUCCGUGCUCGACGUUUGGCGAACGAUUUCCAACCUAGAAUCGGAUGAGCUCCCUGAGGAGGAUGAAGAGAAUUGA